GGUAGCGACUUCAACGAGGGGGUAAUAAUUUUGCAGACCCCCGAAAAAAAAAUGCGAUUAGCUCCGUAAUCGGAAGUACACGACUUCAUGAUGGCUUCAGUCCCUUUUAACAGAAUAAUAACACAACCCAGUAAUUCGGCAUAGUGACUGAUGACUCGAUGAUCGAGUGGGCGGGGUUUCUUUAGUUCAGGUGCGUUCAGACAGGUGUGUUAAGAAGAAAAGACACCGGCUUCAACUGGCUUUCUAGAAAGAUGAUUUAAAAAUAAGACUGUUGACGACAUGUUAAAACAAACAUGCGAUCCUCUGUGCUACUACUAUUUGUUGGGAUUCACCUCGCAUUUGCCGGAAAACACUCUUUGAAAUAUUUCUACACUUCUGUGUCUGGAGACGAAAAUUUCACUGCAAUUGGUCUGGUUAAUGACGUUCAGUUUAUGUACUUUGACAUCAACACAACGAAAGCUUCACCAAAAACAGAAUGGAUGAGAGGGAAUGAAGAAUCAGAUUUCUGGGACAGUCAGACAUAUUCAUUGAUUAAACAACAUGACUGGAUUUUAAACAAAAUCUGGACAAAGUCAGCAGGUGAGCACACAUACCAGAUAACCUACGGCUGUGAAUGGAACGAUGAAACUGGGAAAACAAAUGUGUUCCGUCAGUAUGCAUACGAUGGAGAGGAUUUCCUGUUUCUGGAUUUGAAGAGUGAUAAAUGGAUAUCUCCAAUGAUGCAAGGAUUCAGAGCUCAAGAGACGUGUAACAAUGCAACCGACCGUCUUGUGCACUGGAAACACUACCUUGAAAUUGAUUGUAUCGACACUUUGAAGAAGCUCCUGCAGCUUGGAAAGAGCAGCCUGGAGAAAACAGUCUCUCCUCAGGUGUCUCUGUUACAGAAGAACUCCUCCUCUCCAGUGUUGUGUCACGUCACAGUCUUUUAUCCCAGUGAUAUUACAAUCACCUGGAUGAGAAACGGACAAGAGCUUUAUAAGAAUGUGAAGGUUGGUAACCUUCUUCCCAAUGAGGACGGCACCUUCCAGAAGACUGUGACCCUCCAGGCUGAACCUGAUGAGUGGAGGAAGAAUGAGUUCAGCUGUGUGGUGAAACACCAGAACAAAACCAUCAGAAAGACUCUGACAGAGAAUGAAAUCAGGACUAAUAAUGAAACCGCUGCUCCGGUUGACAUGACUGUUGUUGUUGUUCCUGUGGUGAUUCUGUCGCUGUUGCUGUUGCUCAUCAUUGCUGUCGUCGGGUAUUUGUUAUAUCAGAGGAAAUUGAAGUCAGGAUAUGUUCCUGCUAAACCGUCUCCCAGUGGCUCUGAAAACUCAGUUCAGUCAUCAGUAGUGGCGUGAGACGAGAUCAGACGGAUGAUCGAGGAGAAUCAUCAGAUCUCACUCAUAUGUCUACUCUCAUCUUCAGUUUUCUUCAUUCAUCACAUCAUUUAUUCACUUUAUGAAUAUCAAUGUACUGUUUUAUUUUUUUAUCAUUAUGUCUUUUUCUUGGAUAUAUUUUUAAAUGAAAUACCUUUUAUUAUAAAAUGUACAUACUAUGUAUAUAAAUGUAUCUAACAGGGUGACUGAGGGCCUUUCAGAACAGUGAUUAUUCAUUUGCCUCGCUGUCAAUAUGUGCUUAUAUUUUACUGUUUAUUGAUAUAUUUGUUUAUUGAUAUUCCGCUUCAAUAUACAUCUUUUGAGUGAUUUAUAAUCAAGUAAUUAAUCAAUAUGUAUCCUUCCAAAUAAAUAAUUUGAAUGACUUCUUCAA